AUGGUGUCCCUUAACAUACCAAUUUACACCUUACUUUCGCUAUUUUUGGUAUCCACAGUCGAUGCAUCUAAAGAUGGUUACCAAAUAUAUCACGCUGACGAUUUCCCAGUUCAAGCAUGUACUGGUGUAAUUGGCAAAACCGCCACUUUUUUUGGUUCAGAUGUCAAGAAUGGGUUCUGUGACGUUAAGAACCAGCCGGCAUUGGGUACCAUGGCUGAAUGUAUUGAGAUGAUGAUGAAGUAUAAGAACAAGGAUUCGCGUAAAUUGUUUCUUGCAAGUUGCAAAAAACUGAAGUUGACUCAAGAUGAAUACUUUGCUGCUUUACAAAAUGCCACUGAUUUUGGAUUUGUUAAUACCACUGCUGAAAAGGGGUUCAACAAGACCGAGAUAUAUGACAAGCCAAUCUUGUUGACGCAAAUGAAGGUUGAUAGAGCUUAUGAUGCCGUAGCUACUAGAUGGUACAACUACAAUUAUGCUCAAUGGUUUGGUAUUGCAUUGAUGUGUUAUUGGUUUGGUGUUUUGUUCAUUUCCGGUGCCAUCAACUUGUGUUAUUUCCUUUUCCCUGGUUUCAUCAAAUCGUUCAAGGGUAAAUUGGUAAAUACAUUCCGUUUAUACUUUACCUUGCCUGCAUUAUUUGGCAAGACUCAUGUUCAUCACAAGGCUAUAUUCAAACAUGUUUUUGUCAUGUUCCCCACCAGAUUAGAGUCAAUAAUUGUUUUUGGAUGGUUUGCAAUGGCUUUGAUUAUGUGCUGCACAAACUAUGUACAUGUUGUUCCAAACUAUAUCUGGCCCGAUAGGUCAAACGAACUUGGUAGAAAAGUUGCUGAUAGAACUGGACAGAUUGUCAUGUGGUUGAUGCCCCCCUUGGUUUUAUUUACCGGAAGAAACAACUUUAUGCAAUGGAUCAGUGGUUGGCCAUAUGCUCGAUUUGUUUACAUCCACAAGUGGAUUUCAAGGAUUGUGUUUUUUAUGAGCAUUGCUCAUGCUGUUGGUAUGACUUAUAAUGGUAAGAAAUUGGGUAAAUAUGAACUGAGAUUUCUCGAGCCAUAUGUACGUUGGGGUACUGUUUCCAUUGCUUGCAUGGGUAUUAUGUGCUUCCAGUCAUUGAUGUAUUUCAGAAGAAACAACUACGAGUUGUUUAUCUUGAUCCACGUGUUGAUGGCUGUGUUUGCCAUUGGUGGGUUAUGGAUCCACGCAAGACCACAACAUUUCCAUUAUUUUAUGAUUGCCACUGUAUCAGUGUGGGUUUUUGAUCGUGUUAUUCGUAUUGCAAGACUAGCCUCAUUUGGGUUGCGUACUGCUCAAGUUCAAUUGAUUGCUAAUGAAACCGUUAAAGUCACUGUGCCUAGACCAGCUUGGUGGGUUCCAUUCCCUGGCUGUCAUGCUUUCAUCCAUUUCAUGAGACCAACUUGUUUUUGGCAAUCGCAUCCAUUCACAAUUGUUGACUCUGUUGCUGAAACCAGAACCAUUACUUUUUACUUGAAAGUGAAGGGAGGGAUGACCCAUGGAUUGUACCAGUAUUUGUCGAAACAACCAAGUCAAACUGCAUCGAUCAAAGUUUCAGUUGAAGGGCCAUAUGGUAACCCAGUUGCAAUCAAUAGAUUCGAAUCAAGUGUUUUCAUUGCUGGUGGAAAUGGUGUUCCUGGACUUUACUACGAAGCAACAUCGAUAGCCAAGAGGUUUGGCGAAUCAAGACCAAUCAAGUUCUAUUGGGUCAUUCGUCAUUACCGCUCAUUAGAUUGGUUUUACCAAGAGUUGCAGAAAUUGCAAGACUUGCCAUCAAUAAAACCCAUCGUUUACGUAACUCAACCCCACAUUGGAUUAACUGAGCCCAUUGAAACAAACAUCACUGAUGAUGAAUUGGAACAAGAAGAAGAACAAGAGAAGAAGUCAGACACUUACGAAAAAGAGGAUUACAUUGUCAAGCGCAGAAAACAAAUGAGUCAUGUUGAGUUUAGAGAAUAUAGACCCGAUUUCUACAAGAUAGUUGCUGAUGAAAUCAAGGAAACGGUGACGCCGUUGGCCAUAGCUUCUUGUGCUCAUGGAUCUAUGGUAGAUGAUGUGAGGAAAUCUGUCGCUGAUCAUUUGAAUGAUUCGCAGUAUAGAAUCGAAUUGUUUGAACAAAUACAAGGUUGGUAG